CUUACUGACCAUAUUUACCCAAAUAUGCGGGCUGUCACUUAAAGUCCGGUGGGAUGAGAAGGUCUCGGGAAAGCUGAGUUCGGCGGAGCGGGAGUCGGAGUAACAAGGGGGUAAAAACACGCACGUGUCCCCCGCAGCGAAAGUGCUCGAAAUCAAAUGUCACGAGAGGGAGAGACGGAGAAAGACGACGAGGAGGGGAAAACGUGGAGGGACAGCCGGACGAAGAGCUCCGCGAUGACGGACCAGGGACUGGGACAGCAGUGGCCCGUGAUUUUCCUGCUGGCACUCACCCUGCAGUCACAGGUGGUGUGUGCAGUGGGCUUGUUUGAGGUGCAGAUCCGGCAGGUGCAGAACUCCCAGGGCCUGCUGCAGAAUGGAGAGUGCUGUGACCUCCCGUCCAGCGGAGGGCAGCGCUGCUCCUUCACUGACCAGUGCGACACCUUCUUCCGCGCCUGCUUGAAGGAGUACCAAGCCCGGGUGGCGCCCACUGGCAGCUGCACCUUCGGCUCUGGCAGCACCGCCGUUCUGGGCGGCAAUUCCUUCUCCCUGCGUCACCGUGGCCACGGAGGGGGCGGAGCCGGAGCAGGGGGCGGAGCCGGGGCAGGGGGCGGAGCCGAGGACCGGAGCAGUGGAAGCAUUGCCAUUCGCUAUAAGUUUGCUUGGCCGAAAUCCUUCUCCUUGGUGCUUGAGGCUCUAGACUAUGACAACGACACCUCAGAGCCAGGGCAGCAGGUCAUUGAGCAGGUGCUGCUUUCCUCCAUGCUGAACCCUGGGGAGCAGUGGCAGACCUUCAAGCACCACGGCCGUCACCUGAGUCUGGAGUACCAACUGCGUUUCCGCUGUGAAUGGAACUACUACGGGCCCUUCUGCAACAGGUUCUGCCGGGGCCGCGAUGACUUCUUCGGCCACUACGUCUGCGACGCUGCGGGGCGCAAGGCCUGCAUGGAGGGCUGGACCGGCCCCGAGUGUCAGCAGGCGGUGUGCAGGCAGGGCUGCCACCUGGCUCACGGCUCCUGUACCGUACCCUCGCAGUGCACGUGUCAGUACGGCUGGCAGGGCCCCCUCUGUGACCAGUGUGUGACGUUUCCCGGGUGUGUCCAUGGCAGCUGUACCGAACCGUGGAAGUGUGUGUGUGACACCAACUGGGGCGGCCUACUCUGUGACAAAGACCUCAAUUACUGCGGCACCCACCAGCCCUGCAAGAACGGGGGCACCUGCGCCAACACAGAACCUGACGAGUACCAGUGCGUGUGCCAGGAGGGCUUUCGGGGUCGUAACUGUACCAUCGUGGAGCACGCCUGCCUCUCGGGCCCCUGUCUUAACGCCGGGACCUGCGUGGAGGACAACACAGGCUUCAGCUGUGUCUGCGCUCACGGCUGGACCGGACACGACUGCGCCGCCGCAGUGGAGCAGUGUGCCUCCAGCCCGUGCGCACAGGGGUCGACGUGUCUGGAGCAGCCAGAAGGGUUCCAGUGUGUGUGCGCGCCCGGGUGGUCCGGCAGAACCUGCCAACUGGAUAUCAACGAAUGCGAGGCGGAGCUGUGUGUCAAUGCCCAAGGGUGCCGCAACCUGAUUGGUGGAUACCUUUGCCAAUGUCUGCCGGGAUGGACCGGGCUGAACUGCGACAUUGCUAACGGCAGCUGCCAGGGGAGGUGUCUCAACGGGGGGAGCUGUGAGGAGAGUCUGUCAGGGUUCCAGUGCCACUGCUUGCCAGGUUUCUCUGGGAAGUACUGCCAGAACGAGCCCAGGGCCUGUGACAGCGGCCCCUGCCUGCACGGAGGACAGUGUGUGGAGGAGGAAGGGGGAGCCAUGCUGUGCCACUGCUCAUUGGGCUACACGGGCCCACGCUGCGAGGUCGUGGACUUCUGCAACCCCAACCCCUGCCACCAGGGAGUGCCCUGUCGGAGCACCGAGGGAGGGUACUUGUGUGCCUGCCCGGAAGGUUACCAUGGCAACGAAUGCAUGAGCCUUAAGGAUACCUGCCAUGGACAGCAGUGUACAGGCGCCAUGUCAGGCCCCGCGGGGGGUGGCGUCAGCAUGUACACGGUGCUGCUGGGGGUGCUGGUGCUGCUGGCGGUGGGCGUGUGCGUGGGCUGCGGACUGCUCCUGUCCCGGCUGUGCAGACAGAGGCGCAAGCAGGAGCCGCAGAGGACAGGGCCCGAGGCGGGCAUCAACAACCAGCGCGAGUUCGUCACCCUCAUCCGCAACCUGGACCGGCCCUCGCCCCUGCCGCCGGCCCGGCCUGCCUCCCCCGCCCCCUGCCGCUGCGAGGAGAUCGAGCUGACCCUGCCCCCGGCCCCCGUCUCCUCCUCCGCCCCCGUCCCUGCCCUCAAACCCGCCCACGCCCCCAAAACCGACAUCUCCAACCGCGAGAGGGAGAAGCUUAACCGCUUCCACUACCCCGACAACCAGGAGCUGGAGGUGUGACGCCGUAACCCCCUGACCUCUCACCUUUGACCUCUGGCCUGGCCUGGGCUGAGAGCAGGGCCUUUGUCACAGAGGAGAGGUGUGGUCCCGAUGGGGACUAGUCCCUGGCCUGAGCUGGAAAGGUUGUUGUUCCGCCGGGCACCCAGCCAUUUGAUCUCCCCCCCUGCUCCUAUCCCCUCCCCUCCUGCACGCUGUAAUUACCAGUUGCUGGAAAGUCUUGUUCUGAACUCUGACCCCUGCCCCCUCAUGUGGUCUGCCCCGAGGCCCUGGUGAACGCACACUUACACUCUGCUCUCUGAGACUCACCCAUUAUCACCCUCAUUUCUGGAUCUUUUUUUUUUGGGGGGGGGGUGGGUUGCUCUCAUUACCCUGCCCCAGAUUAACUGAACCUCCAUCCCCCCAGUUGCUCGAGGGAGAUUGAUAGGAGCGGAAGGGAGGAGUACCAACCUGUUUUUAAUUUCACUGAGAUAUUUUCCUCAUCCAUUCAGCAGAAGAAAGAAGCAAUUGUUUGCCAUUAUUACUGUGCGUGUGUGAGUGUGUGUGAGUGUGUGUGAAAGCACAGGACAUGCUGUGUUUUAACGGGGCGAGGCUGGACCCCAUUUCAGACUCGCCAGAGUCUCCGCUGUGACCCAGUGUAUCCUGGAGUCAUGUGACCUGGUGGAGCAGGAUGUGCUACUAAAUGCUGUCGUCACGUGAUCUUGUGGAACGGGGUGUGACUGCUGAACCCCGAGUCAUAUGACCUGAUGGAACGGGAAGUGACUGCUGAACCCUGGAUCCAUGUGACCUGGUGGAGCAGGAACUGAACCCUGUCUAGCUGAGGAUUCUACUGGCGAAAGGUAUACACUCGCACGGCGGCCAUGGACACGUGAACAAACCAAGGGGUGACAAACAGAAAAGAUGGAAUAAACUCAAUGUUCGAGUGAGGGUUUCAGAGCAAACAUCAGAGAAAGGAAGACUACUACAGACCAGUGAAAGACUGAGCUGUGGAAAUGUGUCAGAGGUUGUUGAAGAUGUAUGGUUUUGAUACAUGUUUGUAAAUAUCACUAUUGUAUAUAUGCUGUAUAUAUUGGUAUUAUCUCUUAAUAUUUUGUACCGUUGAUUGUCCCAGAACGUCACCAAUUUUACUUGGUCUUCUUUUUAAUCCUCUCUCCUAUAAUUAAAUGGUGGCUGAGCAAGUCUGGACUGUUCUGUAAUUAAAGUGCAUUGAUUGCCAAAA